UCAGGGGUCUCCGCUGUCUUAGGGCGCUCUCCCGCCCGGGGACCUACCCGGGUCUCCCCACGUCCUGGAUCCCGUUAGAGGUGGAUACGGAGCGCCGGUAGGAGAAGACGCCUGCCACCGCCCUGCGCGGUCCCCGGUGGCCCGCGCCGCGCUGCCGCCUCGCGCGUCCCCCCCCGGCCCCGGGCGGUGGUAGGGCCCGCGGCGACGUCACCCAUUGUUUACAAAUCAACCCGAGCCGGUAGGACUCCUGCUGCCGCGGCUGCUGCGCGCGGCUCCGGUGCCCGCCGCCUCCCGCUUUCGCGUCCGCCCCGGCCUCAGCCUCGGCCCCGGCUUCAGCCUCGGCCCCGGCUUCGGCCUCAGCACCGCCCCCGGCUCUGCCGCCGCGGCCCCCGGAGCCGCCAGCGACGCCCGCAGAGUCCCCGGCGCCGGGGCGGGGGGCCAUGCCGUGCCGGCGGGAGGAGGGAGAGGAAGCCGGCGAGGAAGCGGAGGCGGAGGAGGAGGAGGAGGAGGAGGAGCGGGGCGGCUUCCUCCUGCUGGAGCGGCCGGUGACGCGGGGCGGCUCGGGCGAGGUGGACCGCCUGGUGGCCCAGAUCGGCGAGACGCUGCAGCUGGACGCGGGGCCGGACCGCCCGGCUUCCCCGUGCGCGCCCCCGGCGCCGCCGCCGCCCCCGCGGCCCCCGGCGGACAAGGCCCGGCCCCCGGACCGGCCGCUGCCGCUGCUGCCGCCGCCCGCGCCCGCCGGGGCGCUGAGCCCGGCGCCGCCCGGGGCCCUGCGCUGCGCCCUCGGGGAGCGCGGCCGCGUGCGGGGCCGGGCUGCGCCCUACUUCGUGGCCGAGCUCGCCGCCGGCCCCAGCGCCCUGCCCGGACCGUGCCGGCGGGGGUGGCUGCGGGGCGCUGUCGCCUCCCGCCGCCUGCAGCAGCAGCGCCGGUGGCCCCCGCCCGGGGCGCGCGCCCGCGACGACGACCCGCACCGGCUCCUGCAGCAGCUGGUGCUCUCCGGGAACCUCAUCAAGGAGGCCGUGCGGAGGCUGCAGCGGGCUGUCGCCGCGGUGGCAGCCGCGGGCCCGGUGGGGCCGGACCACGUCGCCCGGCAGCCCUCGGGCGCCUGGCACUGACGCGGGGCCCCGGGAGGAGGA